CGCCCCUUCUGAUCCACCGUUCUCCAGUAGCCGUUGACGGCUCUUGUAGUGACGGAUCCUGCCUCGCUCUGUAAUAUUUUUUCUUUUUCUUUUUACAUUUUUGUGGAGGAAAAAAAGAAAAAGGAGUGCCAGUGAACUGAAUCAAGUACAUCCGUCUACAAUAGCCCCCUUUCCGAUUUUAUAUUUUAAAUAUAUUUCUUUUAUCCGGGCUUCUCGGAUAGCUAGCUAGCUAUCAGCUAGCUACAGCUAAUUGGGAUUGGUGGUUAAGCUAGCUAGCUAACCGUUUUAUUACUCAGCGAUACAACCUCGAAACAAGUCGGGACAAGGCCAGUCUCAGGGCUCACCAUACUAAAUGAGCGGACAGCGCAAUGUCCGAGCGUUCUGGGCAAACUACCAAGGGGAAGGACGGCAAAUCCAAGUAUGCGUCUCUCAACCUGUUUGACACCUACAAAGGAAAGAGCUUGGAAGCACAGAAGCCUGUUGUCCCCCCCCGCCAUGGCCUGCAGUCUCUCGGUAAAGUUGCCUCCGCUCGGCGCAUGCCCCCCCCAGCCAGCCUGCCCAGUCUGAAAGCGGAGAACAGAGGCAUCGACCCCAACGUCUCGCUCGUCCCCAAAGACGGCUCAGGAUGGGUAAGCAAGCAGGAGCCUGCCGACCCAAAGAGUACCGAUGCGUCGUCAGCACCGCCGCCGGAGUCGCAGCCGCCUGCGGAUACGCAGACGCCUGCGCCGACGCGGCCGAGAACCCCGCCAGCGCCAGAGGCUCCGGGUUCGGCGCUGGCCGCAGGGGGAAGGUCCUGGGCUCAGGCCAGUGUUACACAUGGAGCACAAGGAGAUGGUGGAAAGGGAUCAAGCCGACCGUCGCCAUUCUCUCGAGAGGAAUUUCCCACCCUGCAGGCGGCCGGAGACCAGGAGCGAGCUGGCAGAGACCCGGCCACUGCAGAUCAGUGGUAUGGGCCCGGACCAAGCCUCCGCCCCCAGAACGUGACGAGCUGGCGGGACGGGGGGGGCCGCGCCAUGGCGAUGACCCCGCCCGGAGAGGGGGCUACGGCGGAGGGCGGGGCGGGGGGAGCGCUGGCGAUGGAGGGGGCGUCCGGGGGAGGCCCGCCCCCUCCGCCUCACCAGCAGGGGCCCCUCCCACAUCCGCCGCCCCCUAGGAACCCCCCCGCCGGCAGCCCCGCCCUGCCCCUGCCCCAGCCCCCCGUCGGCGCCCAGUUCCCGGGAUACCGAGGGGUCAUGCCCCCCUUCAUGUACCCUCCGUACCUGCCUUUCCCGCCCCCGUACGGCCCCCAGGGGCCCUACAGGUACCCGACCCCUGCUGAGGCCCCCAGGUUCGCUCGCGCGCAGGGCGGGGCGGGGCCCGACGGACGGUCCUCGGGCGGCCCCCGCGGGGGAGGGGGGGACGCGGUGAAGCGCCCCCCCAUCCUCAAACAGGACGACCUGAAGGAGCUGGACGAGCUGGACCACGACGGGGACGAGGGCUGGGCCGGGGCGCACGAGGAGAUCGACUACUCGGCCAAACUGAAGUUCAGCGACGACGAGGGAGAGGACGACGGGGAGGAAGAGCGGGCCGAGGCCAAGAACGGCACCCGGGAGCCACAGCGCCCCCUGGAGGGCGCACCUGUCCCGCGCUCACGCGCUGCCGAGGUGGGCGGAGACAGCCGCCGCACCCCUCCUUCCUCCGCCUCCCCCGACGAGGCCCCCCCACCCCCCUCCAGCAAGCCAGGCAGGGCCGAGGAGGGGGCGGGGAGCUGGGGGGGGCCCCAGGCUCCUGCGGCCUAUCAGGGUCGGAGGGCCGGACUGGCGGGCCCCCGGGAGCAGCCGUCCCCCCCUCCGGGGCCCCUGCUCGGCCAGGGCCCCCAUCCUUACUACAGACAGGACCGCCCGUCUCCCCAGCUCUCCCCGAACUCCGCCUCCUCCGCCCCCCAGAGGGCCUCCCCCUCCCCGCUCCCGCAGGGCCAGCCGGGCCCCGCCCCCGUCGCCGGGGCGACGCCGCCGCCGCAGGGCGAGGACGAGGACGAGACGUGGCGCCAGCGGCGGAAGCAGUCGUCCUCGGAGAUCUCGGUGGCGGUGGAGCGGGCGCGGCGGCGGCGCGAGGAGGAGGAGCGGCGCAUGGAGGAAGAGCGGCGGGCCGCCUGCGCCGAGAAGCUGAAGCGGCUGGACGAGAAGCAGCAGCAGCAGCAUCAGGCGGGCUCCGCCCCCAGCCCUGCCCCCAGCCCCGCCCCCAGCCCCGCCCUCUCCGCCGCCAGCCAGCCGGCCUCCCCCUGCCUGGACUCCGACGAGCCCCCGCCCCCCCCGGGGCCCUCCGGCGCCACCCACAGGCAGCGGGCGGGCAGCAACGGCAGCUACGACUCCGGCGCGGACUCCCAGCAGUGCGCUGUUCCCAUGGAGCCCCAGCCUCCGGACCCCGCCCUCUCUGGGGAAGCCAGGGAGGAGCCCGUGCGGGCGUUGGGCGGGGCUGCCGACGCGGCGGGCAAGGCGGAGAUUUUGGGAGGCGGAGCCGGACGCUCCGGGGGCGGACCUCCGAGCCAGGGGUACUCCAAGUACCAGAAGUCCCUCCCCCCGCGUUUCCAACGGCAACAGCAGGAGCAGCUUCUCAAACAGCAGCAGUGGCAGCAGCAGCAGCAGCAGCAGCAGCAGCAGCAGCACAGCCAGUCUGCCCAGAACCCGCUGACACCCCCGGGCCCCCAGGGGCCUGCCCCCGCCGCCCCGCCCCAGUCAGCGCCCAAGCAGCCCCCCCUGUACCCGCCCGGGUCGCUGGGGCGCCCGCCUCCCCUGCCCAUGAACUUUGACCCCCGCUGGGUGAUGAUGGCGGGCCCUUACAUGGACCUGCGCGUGAUGCCGGGCCGCCCGUCACACAUGGACUACUAUCCCAGCAUGCACCCCUCCGGUCUGAUGGGGCGAGAGCGCUCCGAUUCGGGGGGGUCGGGCUCUGAGCCCUUCGACAGGCAGCAGCAGCAGCAGCAGCAGCAGCAGCAGCAGCAGCAGCACCCCGGCCCCCCUCACCCCCAGCGCGGGACGCCGCCCAUGGACCCCAAACUGGCCUGGGGGGCGGACGUCUUCCCCUCGGGGGUGGGGGGCGAAGGGCGGGGCCUGGGGUCCCCGCUGCGGCAGAAGCAGCCCCACGAGGAAGAGGAAGGCGGGAGAGGCUCCAGGAGUGACACGCCUCCGGUGCGUCUGAGAGAGGGCGUGGCCCCCGGAUCCCCGUCGGGCUCCUCCAACCAGACGCCCCCGCCUCCCCACGCACCCCAGGGAGGAGGAGGAGGAGGAGGAGGGGGCGGGCACACUGGGCACCACGCCCCCUCACACCACCAGCCCUUCCCCGGGGGGCGGAGCAACUACAGCGGCUUCCCCGAGGGCGGGGCCCGGGGGGGCCCCCACCCGCACAGAGGCUUCGGGCACCAGGAGGAGGGCUGGGGGGCCCCCCACCCCCACUACGACCGCAACGGCCGGGCCGACCUCUCCCCCCUGGAGAGCGGCCCCCCCCACCACCACCACGCCGCCCCCCCGCCCCGCUUCCCCCUGCACCCCCCCCACAGGGCGGAGAACGGGCGGGAGAGGGGCGGGGCCGGGGAGGGCGGGGCCAAGAAGGGCUCCGCCCCCUCGCCGUCGCUGCAGCAGCAGCAGCAGCUCGCCAGCGUCUCUUCCUCCUGCUCCUCCUCUUCCUCGUCCUCGUCCUCCGCACGGGACGACGGCGGCAAGCCGACCGCGCAGCAGGACCGCGAGCCGGGCCCCCCCGCGGCCCCCCACCCCGCCAGGAGGCCCGAGAAGGCGGGCGGCCACGCCCACAGCCACCCCAGCGCCCCGCAGCCUCACCCCAGGGCCAGCCACCGCGGGCGGGACCACAAGACCGAGACGCAGUGGGGCCCCCGUCCGGCCGGCCCCCCCUCCCACGGCAGGAAGUCCGCCGCCACGGCGACGGGCGGGGCCAGCGCCAACGCGGGGGAGGAGUCGGCCAAUCCCGCGAGCGGCGCGGCCGCGGAGGGCAAGCCCCCCGGCCAAUCGGCUGCGGCCAGUAAGAGGGUGGGGCCAAUCAAGAGGCCAGUGAUGAGAGAGCCUAAGAGAGAGGGAGGGGAGGGAGAAGGAGGAGGGGGAGGAGGAGGAGAGAAGGGGGCGCCCGGAGUUAAGGACAGAGAGCAAGACGGCCACCAGCCCCCGGGCAAGCAGGACCCGCCCACCUCCGGCUCCCAGCCGCCGCCCCCCAAAGACGAGGCGUCCCAGGCGGCCAAACCGCGGAACGGGGGGAAGGAGAGACCGCCAGGAGGAGGUGCAGGAGGAGGAGGAGGCGGUAAAGGUCCCAAAGAAGCGGAGACAGGCAGGCGGGGGGAGCGGGAGCGCUCCUACGACCAGGGCGGGGGGGCCUACCACCCGGGCCCGAGGGGGGGCGGCGGCCGGGCGGGGCGGGGCAGGGGAGAGUUCUACGGGCGAGGCCGGGGCUACAGGGGCGCCUACGCAGGGAGCGGGGGGGCGCGCGCCCGGCCCGGGGGGAGGAGCGGCAGGGACUACCGCCCGGCGGCCGCCGGCGGGGGUUACCAAGGCAACCCGGAUCCCUUCAAAGGGGAGGGCGGCGGCGGCGGCGGGCGCGGCAGGCAGGGCCAGGGCGGGGCCAACCCGGGGCGAGCCCGAAACCGCAGCGAGACGCGCAGCGAGGGCUCCGAGUACGAGGAGGUGCCCAAGAGGAGGCGCCAGCGCGGCUCGGAGACGGGCAGCGAGAGCGCCGCCAGCGAGCCGGACCGCGAGGACCGCCCGGAGCGCCAGGACCGCAGGCAGCAGCAGCGCAAGAACGGCGGGACGGGGGCCGACGCCGCCGCCGGGCCCGCCCCCCACAGGGCCCCCCAGGCCCGCGUCUUCACCCCCAGGGGCGUGCCCUCCCGGCGCGGCCGAGGGGGCGGGGCCGGCGCCGGAGGGGGCGUGGCCGGCGGGCAUCGCUCGGGAGGCGGAGCCGCCUCCUCCCAGGGAUGGGGCUCCAGGUCCUCGGGCUCCGCCCGAAAGCAGCAGCAGCAGCAGCAGCAGCCCCCCCCGCAGGCGCCCCCCCCUAAAGACGCGGGCCGCGGAAGAGAGGGGGAGAGGAAGGACAAGGCCGCCGAAUCGGCCGGUGCCAACGCCGCCGCCACUCCGGCUCCGCCCCCCGCCGGCGGCCCCCAGGCCUGCCCCGAGAACGGGGGCUCCGGCCCCCCGGCGCCGGCCCCCGACCCCCUCCCCAGCUCAGCGGGCUCGGGCCCCGGCCCGGCCCCCGCCUUCCCCCCGCGCGGCUUCGAGCGCGCGCCCCGGCGCCGCCGCCACGGCCGGUCCCAGCACCAGCAGGACAAGCCGCCCCGCUUCCGCCGGCUGAAGCAGGAGCGGGAGAGCGCGCGCGUCAACGGCGGGGUCGCCGCGGCCACCGGCCCCCAGCAGCAGCAGCAGCAGCGCCCCGCCUCCCCUGCGCCGCAGGGGCCCACCGACGGCCCCCCGCCCCCCGCCAACCACGCGCCGGCGUCGGGCGGCGGCAGCAACGGCACCGUUCACCCGGGCGCCCACCACCACCACCCACCGCCGCUGCACCGCCACUCCCACGCCAGCCCAGCAGGGGGCGCCAAGUCGCCCGACGUCUCCAACCAGAACUCGGACCAGGCCAACGAGGAGUGGGAGACGGCCUCUGAGAGCAGCGACUUCGCCGACCGGGAGGGGGGCGGGGGAGGGGGGGGCAGGGGCGGGAGGUCGUACCCCUCCCACCACCACCAUCACCACCACCACCCGCCAGGGAGAGGAGGAGGAGGAGGAGGAGCGGCGGAGAGGGAGAGGGAGAUGAGCGCCAGAGAAUCGGCCGCGAACAAGAGGAGCUUCUCCAGCCAGCGGCCCGGGACGGACCGGCAGACCCGCAGGGUGAACACGGGCGGAGGGGGCGGGGCCAGGGGCCCGCGGGGGCCGUCCGGGGGCGGCGGCGGGGGCGGGGGCGGGGGCGGGAACGGCGGCGGUAACCGUGGUGACAGGCGGGGCAACUGGCCCUCUCCCAAAAACCGCAAGUGAAGCAAGCGUUUUGGAAACAUUUCAGAAAGUGCGCCCAGCCCCCCCCCCCUUACAUGCUAGCACAUUAUUGUACAUUCUUUUCACACAUACGCUCACUCUCUUCUCUCUCUCGUGCUGUCCUUCUCUCUCUCUCUCUCUCUCUCUCUCUCUCUCUCUCUCUCUCACACACUCGCAAUUUGUCGAAUAGUCCCUUUUACCCCCUCUCGGGUCUGUUUAAAAUGCAAGCGUCCUUUGGCUGAAGGACGUAAGGAAAGUUAGCAUAUACAAGCACAAUGGAGAAUCAGUAAAUGGUCACAUACUGUGUAGAGGUGCCCUUGGUUCAGAUGCUUUCCAGAGUAGGCCCAUGUUUAUAUGUAUGUGUUUGUAUAUUAUACCACAGUUCAGCCUUGGGGAGGGAUUAAAAUGGCUAUUUUCCUUUUUGGGGGGGGGGGGGGGGAGGACGGGGCGGGGCUGGGCGGGGCGGGUGGGGCUAUGUAUUUUAACGAGAACAAUUGUACACUAGAAUUUCCUCCUCUCUUGUGUAUUGUUUUUGCCUGCCGUUUUCAAUUUGAAUUUCAGUCCUCAGUAAUGUUUUGGGGUUGUGUAAUUUUCUUUUUCCCCUAAUUUUCGCUGCAAAGCAGGUUCAUUAAAAUCUUUUUUUUGUACAACGCCCUUUCAUCUCCUUUUCUAACCUCAAGUCCCGUCAGCGACUACUGUGAUCGCCAAACUUUAGCCACCCUUCAUUCAGACCCUUCGCUGAUCCACGCUCGCGUCGAUCGGCGGUUCUGACGUCGGUUGUCUUGCUGCACGUUCAACAGUGGCGGUGCGGUUUGAGUUUGUUGACCUGCUGCCGUUUCGCUUUCUAAUUCCUGUCGGUCUUGUUACGUUUGUUCUGUUGAGAUUUUUCCACCUGCUGUGGUUCGAUGGUACAAAAAAUAAUUUUCUGACUAGGAAGAUCUUCUCGUUAGUUUUUAGUCCGCUUUAAAGUCGCUUUUAGAGGCUGAAAGUCGCCUUUAAGCUUAAAUUGUUUACUUUAGUGUGUUCCUCUUAAAUGAGGAAUGGUUUCUUGCAAAACUGCUCGCUCUUUCUUAGAUUUAUAUCUGAGAAUAAACGGGUCUUUUUUUUUUUUUUCCAGUCUGAAGAAUUUUUUUUUUGUUUUGCAUCAAGAUCUGAUUGUUAUUUCAAGAAACUUUUUCUUUUUAGGAAAUUAUUGUUCACCUGUGAAUCUACUGGUCCUCAUUAACACUCCUGUGUGCGCGUGCGUGCGUGCGUGCGUGCGUGUGUGUGUGUCUGCCUGAUCAUCCGCCUUGUGCAAAGCUGCUUUGUGAAGGGGCCCUUGUACCAGUCCCAUGCCACCAAUAGGGGGCGACGAUUCAAGAAUUGUGGUAUUAGUUAGUAACUCCACACCUGCUUGGUCGUAUUCAUGAUCACUGUUCCCUUGAGGACCUUCCCUGUGCACCCCAGGACAGAAUGUGUUUGUUUGGGGAAGGGGUGGGUGUGUGUGUGUGUGUGUGUGUUUGGAAAACAGAACAACGUCAUUAAGUGAAACUAUAGGAGAAUGUUGGUGCGGGAUUUUCCUUCUGUGUGUUGGAGGAGAACGUGAGAUCUCGGGCCUGUCUGGGCUCCUCGUUCACCGCUGAGCAGAAGCGAUGGCUGUGGGUCCUCGUUUCGAUGGCAGACACUCCACCCACGCUGUGAGGACCCCGACAGCGGCGGGAUGACUAUGCAGAGGUGUCCAGUGUUCGCAACAGACGUGGCCUGACGAGAGCUUUACUUUUUUUUUUUGUUUUGCAUUUUUGUUUCCUUCGAAAAGCAUCCCUGAACUCAAGACUUAAAACAGAUGUCACCUGCAAAGACGUGGUACACUCGUCACGUCGCAUCACAUGCCAUCGGCGAACAUGCUGUCGAGACGCCCCCGCCCCCCCCCCCCCCCCCCGAUCUGGAAGGACAGCGUCUGGGUUUUAAAUGGUUGCUUUUCUUAAACGUACCGAUUCCCUUUUCACGACGAGUAAGUUGGGGUUUCUCUGUUGCGUAGAAGAAGAAAAAAAGUCUAGUCGCAGAGUGGCACUUUUUUUUUUUUUUUGUGGAUGCACGGAUGCAUUUCAGGCGCAUGUUUUGCUGCGCGCCUCAGAUGCGACAGUCAUGCGCAUGUGUUAGCAAUCUCUCGUUUAAGGCCAGCUGUGGCCGUCUAGUGCAGGGGGGGAUCCCCUUUGAUCCUGGGGACCCCUCGUGAAAAUCUGCUGCAGUAGCCACGCCUGGGGCGGGGGGGCGGGGGGGUUGGGGAGGGUCCUGACUGCUGAAAGUUUGGACUCCCCCGGUCGGUGACGCUAAACUAUUUGCGGGAAGCAAAAGAGUCCAAAGAGGAAACGGCAGACUUGCACUGUGUUUUAAAAAAAAACCAAUAAUAAAAUGAGACUCUGAGGAAUACGAUUGUGGAAGAACGUGUAAGUGUGUGUUGAGCCGUUGCAUGUGGUGGAUGUAAAAAAAUAAUUUUUUUAAACCCAGCAUACACAGUGGGUCCCCCAGAACUGAGGUCAAGUUCCUCUGCUCUAGACUGCGUGUAAACCGUGAACAGUUGCAUACAUCUGUCAGGAUAAUUGCACAGGAAAAAUGGAUUAUUAUUAUUAUGAUAAUUAUUAAGAAGCUUAUUAAACUAAUGGAGUGAGAACCUUUCUUUCAUGACCCAUUAACUGCCCAGGGAAUACAGCUGACCUCUGACCCCUCAGAUUACCCAGUGUCCCCUGCUCUGGUUUCGCUUGCACACAGUGCAGAUAUUUCUGACCGCUCAGGAGGACCCUCGAGUCUGACACAGGUCUCACACUGUUCGCAUCCGCGCAUAAAGGGCACGGCAUAUAUUUCUCCCUCUUUUUCAUAUGCAGAAAGGUUGUAAUAUAUUUCCAGCGUUACUAGAGCACCUGGACCAGGUGCAAGUUAUCAUAACAUUAUGGUUCAUUAAUGGAAGCUGUCAUAUACGCGUGUAUGUAAAACUGGUAUGUAUCCCGAGUUUGUUUACCCCAACUUACAUUCCCACCCGAGAUGUUGCCAUUUUUUUUAAGUUCAAGGGAGCAAUGUACAAGAAGAGAAGUGUCUUAUUAUAAUAAAUUAUACAGAGGAAAAAGUUAAAUAAAUUUCUUUUG